CCGCCGUGUCGUCGGGGUGAUUCCCAGGGCUCUCAUGCCUGUCGAGAUAUUAGGUGAGAGCGUGGGGGAAGUAAAGGCUGUAUCUGACAUGCACGAGAGGAAAGCAGAGAUGGCUCGACGAUCUGAAGCAUUCAUCGCUCUUCCAGGGGGGUACGGAACCAUGGAGGAGCUGUUGGAGAUGAUAACAUGGUCCCAACUCGGAAUUCACAACAAACCCGUUGGGCUGCUCAAUGUGGAUGGUUACUAUGAUACCCUGCUUGCACUGUUUGACAAAGGCGCGAGAGAGGGCUUCAUCAACCCAGACUGUACACACAUACUUGUCUCAGCGCCAACCGCCGCGGAAUUGCUGACAAAGAUGGAGCAAUACACUCGGUCGCACCAGGAGGUGGCCCCAGCGACGAGUUGGGAGAUCUCAGAGCUUGGCUACACAACAGCACCACCGGCUGAUGGAUGAACUCUAACAUUCAUUCCACUGAUAUGAUGAUGUAUUUGUUGUUUUUCUUUAAUGUUUUUCCUAUUAGCCAAAAGAAAUUCAACGUCACGAUUGAGAUAUGAUUUUCUCUUGUGUUUAAUUGUACGGUGUGCUGGUCGUUGCCAUCUAUUGGUUUUCAAGUUUGAAUUGCAUUACCAA